CGGGCCCGACCCCCCCCCCCCCCCGAGGGGGUCAGGCCACGUGGGUGAUUGCUCCUGCCCAAACCUCUAGUCAUGAUACUCCCGGUCCCAUGUCACCGACACCGUUGUCGCCCGGUUCAACAACGGUGCCGCCUCCGCCGCCACCGGCGGCUGCGAUCCGCGGCUAUACGGCCUGUACAGAGACGAGGCGGAGCUGGUUGGCAUCGACGAGGCAAGCGACGAGCUGAUGAACGCGUUGGCACUGUCGUUGGAGGAGGAGGGUUGGGCAAGACGACUCUUGCCAGAGCGGUGUGCAACAGGCUUAAACCUCAGUUCGACUGCACGGCAUUUGUCUCUGUUUCCAGCGCUCCUGAUAUUAAGAAAGUUUUCAAGGACAUGCUGCUUGAGCUCGACAAGACAAAGAACAAGGACAUCCAUAACCUAGUCAGGGAUGAGAAGCAGCUCAUUGAUGAGCUCAGAGAUUUCAUUCAGAACAAGAGGUACAUAAUUGUAAUUGAUGACAUAUGGGAUAUAGCAUCAUGGAGUGCAAUUAGAUGUGCUUUGGUGGAAAACAAUGAUGGGAGCACAAUAAUUGCAACUACCCGUGAUUUCGAUAUUGCGGAACAAAUAGGUAGUCCUCAUAAACUAAAAACCCUUCCACCCAAGAGCUCUAAAAAAUUAUUCUACGGGAGAAUAUUUGGCUCCGAGGACAAAUGUCCACAAGAGUUAGUUGAAGUAUCUGGAAAGAUAUUGAAGAAAUGCAGCGAUGUACCAUUAGCUAUCAUAACUAUAGCUAUUGUGUUGGCUAGAACUAGAAACAUGGCAGAAGAGUGGUACAAGGUGUAUAAUUCAAUUGGCUAUGGACUUGGAAACAACCAUGAUAUGAAAAACAUGAGAAAGAUACUGUCACUUAGCUAUCACAAUUUACCUUCCCACCUAAGGACCUGCUUACUUUAUCUGAGUAUAUUUCCCGAAGAUUAUGAAAUUGAAAGAUCUCGAUUAAUAAGGAUGUGGAUAUCUGAAGGUUUCAUCCAUCCAGAAAAGGAUGGGGACAACUUGUUCGAGUUAGCAGAUAGUUACUUUAAUGAGCUUAUAAAUCGAAGCCUCAUCCAACCAUCAGGUUAUGUUAGUGGUAUGCUACAUUCUUGUCGUGUGCAUGAUAUGAUUCAUGAUCUUAUCCGAUCCUUGUCAUCUAAAGAGAACUUUGUUACUGUAAUGGAUGGCAUUUUGCAACAGACAUCUCCAGCAAGCAAGGUUCGUAGGCUCUCUCUCCAGAAUAACAAGCUAGAGAACAGCACAGCUCAGACCAACCUGAAGAUGUCACAAGUGAGGUCGCUUUCUAUAUUCAGUAGUUCUGGUGUUAGUUUAUUACCAUCUCUUUCAAGCUUCCAGGUUCUACGUGUGCUGGAUCUAGAAAAUUGUUAUCUUACAGAAGGUUGCCAUCUUGAUCUUAGGCAUGUUUGUAACUUAUUUCACCUAAGGUACUUAAGACUCUACGAAUGUAACUUUGACCGUGAGCUUCUCAAGGAGAUAGAGAAGCUGAGUUUUUGCAGACGUUGAUUGUAAAAAGAGAAGUAAGACUGCCAUCAACGAUUGUUGAGCUCAAAAACUCCUAAGGCGAUAUUGAUGAUUAUCAGAUCAUUGCACAGAGACAUUGGUGAUACUUACCAGUAUGGAAUGAUUCUGAAAUAAGAAGAGCAAUGCUAGAUACACCUAAGGCGAACAAUGGAGAUCGAUUCACAAUGGGAAGUGUAAACAUGUUUAAGCAAUACAAAAUCAUGAAGACCAACUUCUUCCCUGUGAAAUGUUAUUAUGUCGGAGGUGGUUAAUUAUUGGCAAAAUUAUAGCCUUUACCAGGUUGUGUACCAACUCUUUUCUUAAGUUGUGACCAAAUCUGUAGACCUGAUUUUCCUCAAAUAACCCCAAGGUGGGCCCUGAAUUAAUCUUCUGCAGAGU